UCCAUAACUUCCUAGGACAUACAUAUCCAUGUUAAUAACCGUCAACUACCAAUCACAAACAACAAUGAUGUUCGAUUAGACUGUUAGCUAUUCACACGGGAAUGUGAUGGAACAUAUCAUCACUGUUCUUCAUCUGUGGUUGUUAUAGCAUGGUAGCUUCGUCAACGUGCGUGUUCCUUUCCCUUCUCUUACUACUACUACACACACGCUUUGGCUUUGGCUUUGGCUUUGGCUUCCACUUUCCCGAAUUAGUUUUUGCUUUAUCUAUCUUUGCUUCUCCGAUGUCUUUGCCUCUCUUUUCUCCUUUCCUCUUUUAUUGUGUAUAUUUUUUUAGUUUAGUAGCAAUAAAUGCACGCACACGCUUCCUCUUGCUUCAGAAGUUGGUAGCCUUGUGCAUUAGUCUCCAUGUGAAAGGAAAAGAUAGGUUGUGGUGUUGUUAAAUUGGAUUUUCAGGGUCGUUUUGGGGGUGUUCAAGAUGUGGAGUAGAUGGUGGUGUGGUGGUGGUGUUGGAUCAUUGAGGCAAAGGGUGUCUUUUGUUUUCAAUGGAAGCCAUGGUUCUGUGGGAAAGGUUCAUCCUUUUGAUCCUUUCAGGGGUUUUGGAGGGGAAUAUUGUGGAGGGGUGGGGUUUGUGUUGAAGCAGAUGAAGAGGAGUGUGUGUUCCUCAACUUUACUUUCAUCCCCUGCUGGUGUUGGUGGCAACUCCAAUUCAUGUGGGAGUGGGAGUGAUGAUAAUGAUAAUAAUAAUAAUAAUAAUGGGAAUGGAACUGAAGGGUCUAUAUCGUUCGGUGAUGCUAAGAAGUUUAUGAGAUUGGUGAAUGUGGAAUCGCUCAAGAUGAAGCUUGGUAGGGAUGGGAAGGAGAUUAUUCCCUUCUGUGAGCUUCUUCAAGAGUGUAAGAGCAUGGGUGUUGCUAGGAGUUCUGAGGAGGCUUUGGCAUUCGCCAAGGUUCUUGAUGAGGCUGGGGUUAUUCUCCUCUUCCGGGACAAGGUCUAUCUGCAUCCUGAUAAGGUGGUGGAUCUGGUUAGAAGAGCAGUUCCACUAGCCCUAACAGCUGAGGAUGAUCCUAUGAGGGAGGAGUUAAAGAAGCUGCAAGAGAAGAAGGAAGAAAUCGAUGUUUUGGCACACAAGCAGGUGCGGCGAAUCCUGUGGUCAGGAUUAGGAUUCGGUGUUGUCACUGUUGGACUAUUCUUCAGGCUAACAUUCUGGGAAUUCUCAUGGGAUGUAAUGGAACCUAUAACAUAUUUUACCACUGCCACUGGCCUAGUGGUAGGCUAUGCCUACUUCUUGUUCACUUCAAGAGACCCCACUUACCAAGACUUCAUGAAGAGGCUCUUUCUCUCAAGGCAGAGGAAGCUGUACAUGAGGUACAAUUUUGAUGUUGAGAGAUUCAAGGAGCUCCAAUGCAAGUGCAAAACACCCUUAAAUGCCAAAACCAUUUUGAAGAAUCGCAUGGGGUUGGAACUGGAUUUGGAUGAUGCCUUACACAGAGAUUAACAUUUUUUUUUCUUCUUUCAGGUGGCUUUAUAAUUUAUACUUACAUCACAAAAGAAAAAUCUUACAGUUAAUCUUUGUUCCUGUUAUGAAGGAGAGCAUUUAGAUAAUUGCAUUUAAUCAAUUCUGUAAUAGGAUUGCUGAGUCGGCUUUGUAGCAUUGGCUAGCUUAGGAUAUGCUGUCUGCCACUUGCCUCAAAUUUUCCUUUUUUGUUAUUUUGUUAUCUUUUGAAUAUUUGCCUCUGUAUCACAACAUUUUAUGUUGUGUAUAUAAGCAGUUAUGUACUGAGUAAAAGGGGCAAUUGAAGAAAUAAUACAAGUUUUUCCUUCUCUGACCUUUCUCUUAGAAGGUUCCUAGCCCUCGAACACUAGGAAAAUUCAAUGAGAUCUCAGCUCAUAAUAAUUUGGUGCUUUCAUUGAGAGAUCCAAUGGCAGAGGAUGAACCUUCCUCAGAACGUUGGGAUCGCCUUGAGGCUGCCAUUGCCGAUCUCGAGGUCACCCAAGCCUCCAUGGCUGCCAAACUAGAUCUCCUUCCCCUGAAAAUGGAUACUCUAUUAAUCAGUCAACACCCUCCAUCUUCUUCCUCUGCAAAGGCACCCCCUGCACACGCACCCAUGCCCACUUCGCCGCCCAUAUCGACUCCGUCACCCAUGCCGAUUCCGCUUCCAUGUCUCGCACCCAUCCAACCAAGUCUCACACCGUUACUAGCUCCGUUUCCCAUGUCUGCUUCCUACCUCCCUGAUCUCUAUCACCCUCGUGCCGCCGUUUCAUGCAACAAGCUUUUCAGUACUGCUGCUCAGUAUGGUUGUGCAAUAGCUCCUAAUGACAAGACUUUGGAAGUGAGAAACAUGACGCUAUUUGAAAUGGAAACUGAGUACUAUGGGCCUACCAUGGCCUCACGCAAGUGCCAACCAGCUGUGUUUGCAUUAUGGUUAUGGAUGGCUGCUGACCCAGAGGAGUCUCGUCGGAAUUGACCUUGGGAUCUUGGAGGAUUUGGACGGACUCGUAAAACGUUGAGGAUAAGGUGUUUUUGAUGAACUAAAGAAUAUUAUGAGAAUAUUUAGAUAAUUGCAUUUAAUCGAUUAUGUUAUAGGAUUGCUGAGUUGGCUUUAUAGCAUUGACUAGCUUAGGAUAUGCUGCCACUUGCCUGCAAUUUUCCUUUUCUGUUAUUUUGUUAUCUUUUGAAUAUUUGCCUAUGUAUCACAAUAUUUUAUGUUGUGUAUAUAAGCAGUUAUGUAGAGACAAUUGAAAAAAUAAUAAAGUCUUUCAUUCUCUCA